GGAAAUCUGAAAAUUCUGAAUUCCAAGUUUUCUUGUGCAGCGAGUCACCUUCUUCCUGCGGCGAUUCUCUCUCCUUCAAAUACAAAACUCAAAUCCGCUGCUGCAGCAGGUCGUCGAACUUCGAGGUCUGAACUUUGAAACCAGUAGACAACCCUCAUAGCUCUCCCAAUCGUCAAGGAAAUCGAUUUCCUUCCCAAGCACAGUCGUUAGUAAGUAACUCAUAAUGAGCCGAGGAAGUGGAGGCGGCUACGAUCGUCACAUCACAAUCUUCUCGCCGGAAGGUCGUCUCUUCCAAGUCGAGUACGCUUUCAAGGCAGUGAAGGCGGCUGCUGUUACAUCGAUCGGCGUUCGCGGCAAGGAUUCCGUCUGCGUUGUCACCCAGAAGAAGGUUCCGGACAAGCUUCUGGAUCAGACUAGCGUCACCCACCUUUUCCCUAUCACCAAGUACCUUGGGUUGCUGGCGACGGGCAUGACAGCUGAUGCAAGGACAUUGGUCCAACAAGCAAGAAAUGAAGCUGCUGACUUCCGGUUUAGAUAUGGCUAUGAAAUGCCAGUCGAUGUAUUGUCAAAAUGGAUAGCAGAUAAGUCACAGGUUUAUACACAACAUGCCUACAUGAGACCGCUUGGAGUAGUUGCUAUGGUUUUGGGCAUCGACGAUGAGAAGGGGGCUCAACUUUAUAAAUGUGACCCAGCUGGACACUUUUUUGGACACAAGGCCACAAGUGCUGGGUUGAAAGAACAGGAGGCUAUAAAUUUUCUGGAGAAGAAAAUGAAAAAUGAUCCUGCAUUCUCCUAUGAUGAAACAGUGCAGACUGCCAUAUCUGCUUUGCAAUCUGUUCUGCAAGAGGACUUUAAGGCCACUGAGAUUGAGGUGGGAGUGGUGAGAGCGGACAAUCCAGUUUUCAGGGUUUUGUCUACUGAGGAAAUAGAUGAACACUUGACUGCCAUUAGUGAGCGCGAUUGAUCAAAUGUGGCUGGCUCGCACAUGGAAUCGCGUCGCUGCUGCCAACGAAACUGAUGUGUGAACUUUUGGAAGUCCGUCCUCAACUAUAUAUGAAUCUGUGUUGUUUAGAACUGGCGGGAGGGAGAUUCACGAAGGAGACUUGACUCUGCUUGCUGUUUCUUUGAAUUGUGUUAUCAUUAUGUGAUAGUCCUUUGAAUUAUUCUUGAAACAAUUAGUCACCCUGUCCACCAAACUUUGCUUUUUAUCUUCCAAAUGCGUUCGUUUGAUAGAAUGCCUCGCGCUGCAAUAAUGCUUUAUUUCUAGCGAAGAAACCGUUCGGAGGAGAGAGCGUCAGAUUUUAGCCUUUGGCAACUAGCGAAGCGAUCGGGUGUAUGUGGGUCUGGGUCGGUUGGGUUUGGAUUUAAUCAUUUUUAAGACAUUACCAAUCAGUAGGGUUGAUAAUUGGUUCGGUUAUAAUUGGAACUGUUUAGUUGGUUCUUGGUUAAUUGUUAUUAAUUUUGUGCUUAUCAUUAAUCGCACUGUUUAAAUUAGUCGGUUGACUGUAA